ACCGCUCUUAGCUUGAGUCAUUUCGUUCUUCAGUCUCUAUAACAGUUUGAGAGCUACAGGAGCUACAUGAGUACGGAAUGACUGAUGACAUUCUCAGUUAGCUGGCUAUCUGUUAUCGUUAGUUGACCAUCUAGCUUGCUAGCUAGCUAAUCUUGUUUAGUUUGAUCUAGCUACCUUGUUAGGUUAGUGACAGUUGGUAAACUGGUUAGCUAGCUACAUUAGCUAAGGUUACGUAUUAGCUAGCUACUAGUUUUUUUGCUUGGAAGACGUUGUUGUCAAGAGGUGGUCCACAGAAAAAGACUCGAAUCAAUGCUCGAAUCAAUAAAAGUCACUGAAAGGCUCCAUUGGCCAGAGAUGGAGCAGUCUAAGAAGUAUCUCCUGAGCUCGACAGUGCCGGUAAAGAUGGAGAUCUCUAAGAAGUACUCAAGCCCCACUGUGCCGGACAAGCAGCCUCUGAGCCCCACUCAGGUGUGCCUGGAGAAGCUGUCCUCCAGCAUCCUCAAGGACCUCUUCACCACAGGAACCAGCAGCUACAAUGUGCUCCUGCAGGGCGAGGAGGAGGAGAGACAGAGCCCAAAGCACUCCCCGUACCGCAGGCCCAAGAAGACUGUGAGAUGUGCCUCUACAWCCWGCAGGUCACARGARAYCCACCYCRYUCCGGYGCUUCSCCAGCGGYCKKAAGSCAGCCCACAGCARCAKGGUCCUGGGUAG